CAGAAAAAUUCAUUCUUUCUUCUUCAAGAAACAAGAAAAUAACGAAACACGCAAACGCUGUGGUGUUCGGUGGGUUGUUGAAAGAUCAAGAAACUGGUAUGCUCGAUCUAUGCCGAUAAUCUCUUCUGUUUGCUACGGUAAUAUUCAAUCUUCUGCUUCAUAAAAUCAAAACCCUUUUCUCUUUCUUUUUUUUUUUUUUGAUGAAAAUGAGGGUAUAAACCCUAAAUCGAAACCCAUUUUUGAACAUUCAAUCUUCUGCUUGAUAAAAGGUAUAACUUUACCCAUUUUUCUCAUUCUUGAUCAUUCAAGAACAUUCAAUCUUCUGCUUGAGAAAAACAAAAACAAAAACCUUAAUCGUGCAAAAAUGGGUUCUAUGACAUGAUAAUGUUUAGGAUUGAUGAUACCGAUAUUUUAAUUCAUGAUAUUUCAAGAACAUUCAAUCUUCUGCUUGAAAACACGAAAUUUUAAUUGAGGAAAAGUGUUCUGUCCCGAUAACUUUCAAUCUUCUGCUUAUUGGAAACUUGUUUCCAAUAUAUUUGACCCGUUUGGUUUAUAAUCAAUACCUAUUCAUAAUGAUGAUGGGUUGGCAAUUUUUUCAUUCGUGAGUAUUCAAGAACUUUCAAUCGUCUGCUUCGAAAACAAUUUUUGUAACAGAUUAAAUGUCACUGAAUGUGAAAGCUAGUUGUUGCCGUAAUUGCUACUCAAGCAAUUGUCUCUAUCGGUGUCCGCUUUUCUAUUAAAAGAUAUUAUGAAUUUUUAUUCAUAAUAAUGCAUGAAUAGAGAUAUAUAAUCUGCUUUGAUGACCCGUAGUCCCUAAAUUCAAUUCUGCAACUGCAAUUAAAAGUGAUUUUGUAUUAUGAACUUAAUGACCCUUGUCCCUAAUGUUUUAUAAGUUUUGUAAGGGAUGAUUGCUUCAAUGACCUUUGAGGAAAAUGCAUUACGAAUGCUUUCUUGAUGCCCAAAAAUGCUGGAUAAAUUACUUAAUGGCUCUGGUCCCUGAAUGAGAAAAGGCUAGUUAUUGCCUUCAUUGGUACUCAAGGAAUUGUCCCUAUCGGUGUCCUCUUUUCUAUUAAAAAAAUUAUGAAUUUUUAUUCAUAAUAAUGCAUGAAUGGAUAUAUAUUCUGUUUUUAUGACCCUUAGUCCCUGAAUUCAAUUAUGCAAUUGCAAUUAAAAGUUAUUUUGCAUUAUGAACUUAAUGACCCUUGUCCCUAAUGUUUCAUAAGUUUUGUAAGGGAUGGAUCCCUCAAUGACCUUUGAGGAAAAUGCAUUAUGAAUUCUUUAUUCAUAAUGGAAAAGUUGGAUGGUGGCUUUCAAAGCAAAGUAAUUUUAAUAUGAAAUUUAUUCAAAAUGUGGAUGGAUAGACUUUGUUCCAUGAUUUUUGUAAGGGUGGCCCAAAAAUGCUGGAUGAUGCCUUAAUGUGAAAGCAUUAUUAGCUUUAAUGCUGGAUUCUUACUUCUCAACAUAUAUAGUGCGUGAAUCUAACUCCUAGUCUAUAGAAAGAAAAAAAAAACAAAAUUUAUAUUUGUAAAUUAUCUGAUAUAUGCAUCUACAAGACUGCAAAAGAGCAAUCUCUCGUCACAUUUGCGAUUGCCACAGAAGAGACCGAAUAUGCUCAUGUCUCAAAAUGCCUUGUCUUUGUUAUAUCUGGUUCUUACGAGGGUAUCUCAGUGAAGGACAUGUGGCAUGAAAUUAUACAGGUUAUGAACCUUUAAGAUCUUAUUUUUAUGAAAUAUAUAUGUUGAGUUAUUCAUUCUGCCUUCCUUCCUUCCUCUCCCAGAUAAGCUUUUAUUGUGUUCUAAUAAAUAAGCAUUCUAUAACACAAGUACUUAGAAUUUUGUCUCUGUCAUUUUCCUUUUGUUUUGUGUGUCUGACACUCUUCUUAUCAUGAACAUUAUCAGUACUUGAGUCUCCUUGAACAUCACUCUUUCAUUAUAUUUUAAGAUUAAAAGUCAAAUUAGAGCAACUUUCUAUUCCAAAUUUGAAAAUGAAGUCAGAUCAAGAGGUAUAUGAUUCCUGUCUCAGUUUUUUCUGCUGGAUAAAUUACUUAAUGACUCUAGUCCCUGAAUGUGAAAAAGCUAGUUGUUGCCUUAUAAUUGCUACUCGAGCAAUUGUCUCUAUCGGUGUCCUCUUUUCUACUAAAAAAAUAUGAAUUUUUAUUCAUAAUAAUGCAUGAAUGGAUAUAUAUAUAUAUUCUGCUUGGAUGACCCUUAGUCCCUAAGUUCAAUUCUGCAACUGCAAUUAAAAGUGGUUUUGCAUUAUGAGCUCAAUGACUCUUGACCCUAAUGUUUCAUAAGUUUUGUAAGGGAUGAAUGCUUCAAUGACCUUUGAGGAAAAUGCAUUAUGAAUGCUUACUUGAUGCCCGGAAAAUGUUGGAUAAAUUACUUAAUGACUCUAGUCCCUGAAUGUGAAAAAGCUAGUUGUUGCCUUAUAAUUGCUACUCAAGCAAUUGUCUCUAUUGGUGUCCUCUUUUCUAUUAAAAAAAAAAAGAGUUUUUAUUCAUAAUAAUGCAUGAAGGGAUAUAUAUUCUGCUUUGAUGACCCUUAGUCCCAAAGUUCAAUUCUGCAACUACAAUUAAAAGUGAUUUUGCAUUAUGAGCUUAAUGACCCUUGUCCCUAAUGUUUCAUAAGUUUUGUAAGGGAUGAAUGCUUCAAUGACCUUUGAGGAAAAUGCACUAUGAAUUCUUUAUUCAUAAUGGAAACGUUGGAUGGUGGCUUUCAAAGCAAAGCAAUUUCAAUGUGAAUUCUUUAUUCAAAAUGUGGAUGGAUAGACUUUGUUCCAUGAUUUUUGUAAGGGUGACCCAAAAAUGUUGGAUGAUGCCUUAAUUUGAAAGCUGGUUGUUGACCCUAGUCCUUAAAUGCUAUUAUCUAUUGUGCUUUGAUGGACCCUUAGUCCCUAAAUGCAAUUUUGCAACUACAGUAUGAAGUGAUUUUGCAAAGCAAAAAAAAGUGUUUCCUUGUAUUUGAUUGGCCCACUGAUAAAGGUUUCAAAGGAAUUCUCUAAGGAAGAAACGAAUCAACUGAAGAAUAGUACAAAGAAACCAACAAUUUUGGAGUCCUCUAUGAUAUUUAUACUGUAUUGCAUCUCUUACACUGAUCAUCUGUAUUAUUAAAAUGCAGAACCUGAUCCAGCAUUGAAAAUAGAUCGUCGCCAUAUUUCACCUGUUAUACCCCAUAAUUACAAGGAGAGUAGCUAUCCUGUAUCAGAUUUUACUUUUACGGUAGGCAAAGCUCACUUAAAUAUAAAUUUAAGUUACUGUUUUAUAUAUAAAGUUUAUAAAGUUUUCACAUGAGCUGUAAGUGCUAUGUUUUUUUAGUGGCUGUUACAGUGUUACAGUUACAGUAUGUUAGUUUUAAAUACUUGUUUUUUGUUGAAGAAUUGAGUGCAAACUAUUUGAUGUGUGCAUUCAGAAUUCUGUUGGAGGACAUUCUGAAUUUACUGGUCAGCACUUCAACCCAAAGAUGAAGUAAGAAAAUUAUCAGUUGGCUACUUUACCUCAUCCCCACAGCUUGCCUGUACUUUAUUCUAAAAUUCAUGAUACAUAUCACAUUAUCCAGAAUGGCUGAUGGGGUGCAUAAAUUCUACAUCACAAGUUUGCAUAAGCUGUUUUCUUUAGCCUAAAUCCUACUACAUAAUCUUUACUGCUAAAUUUCUCAUUGAUGGAUUAGAUUAGUUUGAUAAACAUGGACUUGUUUGGAUUGACUUAUUUGAGCUUAUCUACUAACAUAAGUUUUGUGCAGCUGUUAAUUUGGGAGAACUUACGAAAACAACUUAGGACAAUUUGGAUAAGUUUUUUUCACAAGCUCUCCAAUAUAGCUUAUAAAAAUAGUCUGUAUAUAUGAAAAUAAUUUAUCUUUGUUUUAUCUUUUGCUAUAAAAAUAGCUUAUGUAAGCUUAUAUAUAAGCUCUUAUUAUGAUUGGCGUUUGUGCUAUAAGUUAUAUAUAAGCUCAAUGGGCAUCUGCAAAUGUUAUAUGUUUUGCAAUUCAAUAAGGCAUGAGAUGAUGGGCAGAUGCACAGGGAAUUUGCAAUGAAGGCAGCUGUCCACCCCAAAGUUGCAAUUGUGAACCUAUAAUCAUUACCUGGUGUCUUGAUUUUUCUACAUUUCAUGAUGCUUUUCUUCAUCUUGGUUUUCCUCAGUUUAGCUCGCCAGUGUGCCCAACUUUGGUUGAAGACUAGGGAGAUGCUUGGCUUCCUCCUUGGUUUCAUCUCAGAACCUGAUCAGUCUGUAGUGCCAAAGGAUGUUUUGAAGGCUGCAUGUGAGAAGGUUCAUGAUCAUUGUUCUUGCAAUUGGAACUGAAGAGUUGCCACCUCAAGAUGUUGUUGAUGCAAGAAAACAAGUUUCUGUUGAAAAUCUUAUCACGAAACAAACAGAACAAGAGGUUGAGGUUCGAGGUCCCCCUGUUUCAAAAGCAUUUGAUCAAGAAGGAAAUCCAACAAAGGUGAUGUUUAGCAGGCCUAUCCGUUCCGUUGGAUUUUGGCCUUGCAUGGAGAUGUUGUGUGAAAAUUCGUCUUGCGGCCUUCGUAAUACUACUUCAGCUGUUGUCCAGAUAGAAAACGCAGAAUCUUAUCCAGCUGCAAUGAGAAAGACUGGAGUCAAUGUUGUAGUUGAGGUAUCAGGACCAUAAGAAAAAAUUGUAGAGCAAUCUAAUACAUUAGCCGAAAGUGUAAAUGGCCAAAUUCUGAUUCCGAAAGGUUUGCUUGACGAGGUUGUAAAUCUUGUUGAGGCACCUAUUCCAGUGCUUGGAAAGUUUAAAGAAACCUUCUUAGAUCUUCCAAAGGAUCUUUUGACUAUGGUGAGCACUUCAGUUUAAAGUGUGCCUUUCCAUGUUGAUUAUUAUACUAGUACUUCCCAGGGACUACGCGCAGAGGCAAAACAGAGAGAGGCUUGCGCUUUUGUACAUGUAAUUGGUGCUAUUCCUAUUAAGAACAGCACUUAUUUGUUGGGAUGACGAUAUGGGUAGGGUUCUAUAGUACCCAUUCCCAUACCCGUGAAUAGAAAAAAAUACCCGUACUUAUCCCCAUAUUCGUGUGGGUAACAACUUUUGCCCCCCGUUUCCAUACUCUAUGGGUACCUAAGUACCCAUACCCAGAGCUGGGUAUGCGGGCUAGCCCGCCCCGCAUAAACCCGCAUAUUAAACGAGGCGAACAAGCCUGUCGGCAAAUAUAAACGAGUUAUAAUAUUAAGUCCGAG